ACUGACAGCCUCUCACGACUUACUGCUCGAGAUAAGUUUCAGUUCUGUGCGUAUAUGGUAACUAGGAGGUGUUUUGUUGACAUUCUUCCAAUGUUGACAUAUGCCCAGAGCAUUAGCGACAAUCAUUCAGCUCAACAAUGUCUCACAAGAUAAACCUUAGCUGUGAAAUUUGGUCUGCAUAAUGCAUUCGCUUUCAACCUCCUAAAAACAUAACAAUUUCCCAUACACUCUGAUUUGGAGAAUAUUUGUGUUGGUGGUGCUCAGUUUUUGUAAGCAAUUUCGAGGACGACAAAGCUGCAAUCAUUGUCAGUCACCCGAAUACAGAAAGAUGCCAGUUAUAUCGUCGUUAUCUAUCAUAACCUGAUUUAGUUCAUGUGUGUCAUUCGAUGGAACGUCAAGCAGAGGAAUACAGAGGACUAAGUAGGUGACAGAGUUGGCUUGUGGAUGAUAACAAUUGCCUCCAUCUAAUAGGACGACUCUACCGAUUGUGAAAAUUUCGCCACCCUGUUCCACUGGCUGUUGGAUUUUAGGGAUAUCAAAGCUCAAAGCCCAAAUGCGGCGCCGCGUCGGAGUAGCGGCUGUGCAGAAAUCCCGGUUGGCAGAAGAAAAAUUUCGCCAAAAAGGCGAUCAACUGGCCGCAAUAGAACUUACACAGCUGGAUCAGCAAAUAGAAGCUUUCAAAGGGAAGCUCGAGGAGUUCGCUGCCAAACAUGCGAAAUCGAUCCAGAAAGAUCCUGAAUUUAGGCGGAGGUUCCAGGAGAUGUGUGCGAAUAUCGGUGUCGAUCCAUUAGCGUCAUCCAAAGGCUUCUGGGCGAACCUUUUGGGCGUCGGGGAUUUAUACUAUGAAUUGGCUGUCCAAAUAAUCGAAAUUUGUCUUGCCACACAGAACGUGAACGGAGGCCUAAUUUCACUUACCGAACUCUUGAAUCGCAUUCGGAGAGGUAAAAAUCGAGGUGAUAUAAGUGCAUCGGAUAUUUUGACGUCUAUUAAAAAAAUCCGCGUUCUUGGCACCGGCUUUCAAGUGAUCCAGACGGGACCUGAGACUUACAUUCAAAGCAUCGCUAGAGAACUUUCGGUUGACCAAAGUGGAGUAAUUCAGGCUGGUGAAAAGCAUCGUGGAAUGGUGAGUGUAACGAUUCUCAAAGAAGAGUAUAACUGGCCAACUCAACGGUGCGUGAAGGUGAUCAAUGAACUACUGCAGGAGAAUCUUUUAUGGCUGGAUGGAGCCGGCAUAGAGGAAACAUACUGGUUUCCAGCUAUCUUCCAGAAUAAACGGAACAUUGUCCUGGAUUAGAAAGCAGUUCCGUCGGACAAUUGCAUUAUUUAGCAGAAUAAAAUUAUACUUGACUGAAAUAAUCAAUAAUUGGAUCACUCUUCCCUUAGUUGUAAGCAAAAGGUCUGCCAACAGCAAAUACUGCCUCACUUUUUAGGCCUGCUUGUACAAUGUUAACAUGGUUUUUCAAUUUAGUUUACUUUAAAAAUGUUUCAUUACGCCUUUGAUAUAUAAGAUGAAAAAUAAUUUAAAAGCCUUACCCGAAUAAAAUUGGGUACUUAUAUAGCCUCGAUUCGAAUCGUUGAUAUGCAGUAUGAGGAAUAUAUCGACAGAUUAUCUCCCAUAUUCACCGCAUCAGUUAUUAUUAUAGAUCUAUUAAAUUAUCCGAGGUAAAUGAAACAAUCUAUAUUAUUAUAAAUAUAAAAUCACCCAAAAACGAAUAUUAAUGUAACAUUGGUGUGAAGUUUACAUUUUAGGUACAUAAAUGUACAAUUAUACUGUUUGCUCGAUUUUUACUAAGUGCAAGUGUAACAUCCCGUAACAUCUUCAAACUACAAUUUUGAUUAUUGAUUGAAAUUAAAUAUACAAUUUGGAGCGCAAUUAAUUCAUUGGAUGCUACCUACUGUGAUAAAAUGUGUCAAACACUCUUUUGCAAUACCAACUACAAACUGAAGUGCUUGAAUAUGAAAUGUUCAUCGGCAGAUGAUCAAAAGCAGUAAAAAUUGUAAAUAUUUUUAGAAAAGAUACAUAUGCACCUAUAAAAAAAUUAAUACUACAA